AUGAAUCCUCAUAUUAAACCAGUUAUUUUGCACGCCCACGCCAGCGGCCCGAAUCCCGUGAAGAUCGCAAUCGCAUUGGAAGCUCUGAAGGUUCCAUACAUCGUCAAGCAAUGGGACUUCAGCGAUAACCCAGAGACCGGGGUGAAGGGAAGUAAAUAUCUCCAGAUCAACGAAAAUGGUCGAGUCCCAGCGAUCGAGGACCCCAACACUGGAGUUACCGCCUGGGAAUCAGGUGCAUGCAUGAACUACAUUCGUCGAGUAUACGACCUUGGAAACGUGAUCGGACCUCCUGGUAGCUCAGGCCAGGAUCUGGUUGAUUUUGAGAAAUGGGAGUACUUCCUCUUGUCGACACUCGGUCCGAUGACGGGACAGGUAAACUGGUUUAGACAUUUCCAUCCGCAGCAGAAUGACGACGCGUUGAACAGAUAUGUCGCUCAGACUUAUCGGUGCUAUGAUGUCCUGGAAGGCCAGUUGAAGAAAUCGGAAGGAAUGAGUAUCUUGCCGAGUCAAGUCACUGCUGUUGAUUUCCAUUUCGAACCUUGGGUGAAACAGCAUUCAUUUGCGGGUCUCUCCCUAGACAAGUAUCCUUUGAUUAGGAAGUGGCUUGGGCUGAUGGAAGCUCGAGAGGAUGUUCAGGAGGCUUACGCUAAGAUUCAAAAUAGUCUAAAGAAAUAG